UCUUCUAGUGGUACGAAUUACGAAAAACACUCAUAGCUCUACACAAUUAAUACGCAUACGCUUUUACAGUUUACUGCUUUAAGUCACCCAACUUCACAGUGGCUCAUAUGAAAAACAUUGAAAACUGUUUCGAACGAGGAAACCGAUAACAAUUAAGUGUCCAAGAAAGGCAUGAGGAAGUUUUUGAACAAUCUGCAACCAUUAAGCUCCGGCAAGGAAACCUUGGUGGGUGCUGGCGGGACACCGCAGGACAUGGUAAUCGAAGGAAAAUCAUCAAAACCUAAACAGACAAUCGACGAGACGGAAGUACGCACUAAAGAAACGUCUUCUGUUGUUUCGUCGCUGUACAUAGAAUUGUUAACUGAAGAUAUCACUUCUGAAGCUGGCCCGAGUGAAAAAUAUUGGGAAGUGAUCUCUGAACGUCGAAGGAAAGCUUUAUUAGAAGCAUUGGAAGAACAUGAACGAUUACAAGCAGCAGCUAUUGUUUUAGAAGAAGAGAAUUUGUCUUUGGAGGUAUCGAUGGAUAGCAUUACUGAUCUUGUUAACACACUUAAGGAAAUGAUAAAUAAGGAGACUUCUGAUGACGAUCACGAGGAGUCUAAUGAACAGGAAGACAGUGGUUUGAGUACGCCCGACAGUUAUUCAAUUGAAAAACAUAAUGAUAAGAAAAUGAAGACUUCACCAGAUGAUAUUUCAGAUAUUUAUUAAGAAAUGUUAAAUUAUACCUAAACUUAAGUAAUAUAUUGAAGUUAUAAGUUACUAACAUAAUAAUAACAUUAUUUUGCCAAAAUAUCACAAGUUUCUUCUUCUUCAUAGGUUUAAUUUAUUUAUACCAUAAGAAUAUUAUAUUAAUUAUGUUUAAAAAGUAUUAUAAGUAUAUUUUUAUUUCAUAUUCAAUCAUAAAAUUGUUUGGUAUAUUGACGUAAAAUUACAAGGUGGACCACAUUGUUGUUUAUAUUGUUAAAAAAAUUAAUUGCCAAUCAUUUGAACUGUGGCAUUA